UGUACCAGCUCUACUGCAUACACGAAAAUAAAAAUUUUUUUGACAAAAUCGUGCAUGUUUUCGUUCGCUAAAAAAAAAAGCAGGCCGCGCGAGCCCUAGCUAGCUAGACCGCCGCCCUUCCCGUCCCACGAAACGCAGCGCAUCGCAUCCCGCGUCCAGCGUUUCCACUUGUGUGUUUGUUAUGAAUAUACCGAAGGUGACAACAUCGCUUGGUGCCGCCGAAAAGGCGAAACCCGAACGUGUAGCAUCCGUGGCCGCUGCUGCCUUCAAUGCGGUCAGCCUGCAGAAGCGCAGCGGCGCCGACGACCCGGCCAUUCCGUCGGAGGAUCCCUCGCGGAAGAAGGCCAGGACGGACCUUGCCUUCGGAACGCCAGUGCCAGCGCCCAGUUUGCCCGCCAAAGCGUCGGCCGCUCCGCCGCAGCAGCUCCUCUACCAGCGGGCUGGCCAGCAGGUUAAGGCGCAGGUGAAAGGUGCCCCGGAUCCGCAGGAUGCCCAGUCGGAGGACGGCGCCUGGGACGCCCGCGACCAGCAGAUCAUAGUGUGCAACCUCGGCCCCGGCACCGAGAUGGGUGCCAUCAAGGCGGAGGACGCGGACAAGCAGAGUGAGUUCAGAGUGACUCCAAUGUGUAGUUUACCUAACCCUCUUCCUUCCCGAACACCAGCCUUCGCCAGCUUUACCAAAAAGGAGGGCGCCUCCUCGUCGGCGUCGUCCUCCUCCUCCACCGCCUCCGUCAUCUCCAUCGAGCCCAGCGGCUCGGGGCAGGAUCAUGCAGACAAUCCCGGCAAGGCGGCGGACCUCGACUACGUGCAGAUGCCAGCCACCGGCGCAGAUAACAUUCUGACCGUGGGGAAUGCCACGGGGACGGGCAACCAAACGGGAACGCCCAUUGGACCCACCUCCACCAUAAUUUUGAAUGCCAACAAUGGGGCCACCGCAGUCAGUGGAGCCGGCACCACCACGAUCCUCACCCAGAAGCCCGGACACACCAACUACAAUAUCUUCAAUAGCACGGCCACUGGCAGCCAAACACCCACCACAACGCUGCUGAACCGGGUGAAUCUGCACCCCAAGAUGAAGACCCAACUAGUAGUCAACGCCAAGAAGCUGGCGGAGGUCACACAGACCACGGCCAAGGUGUCCAUUGGCAACAAGACAAUAUCGGUGCCGCUGCUCAAGCCGCGCAUGAGCGCCAGUGGAGCGGCCACUGCCGGAGGAGCCACGAUUGUGGAGAGUAAGCAGCUGCUGCAGCCAGGUGGUCAGGUGACCACUGUGAUGAGUGCCGCGCAGCCGGGCGGUGGUCAGCAGGUGCACCAGCACGGUCAUCCGCAUGCACAUCACAACUUCACCAAACUCAUUAAGCGGGUGCCAAAAAAUCCCGGCACCCUUGUCGCGUUCACGGGUCUGCAGAUCAAACAGGCGACCAAGAUUGUGGCCACCAAGGUGGUGAGCAAGAAGAUGUCACUGCAGCUGCAGCAGCAGCAACUUCAGCAGCUUCAAGUGACCAGCGGCGGUGGCUUGGCCCCGCCCACCGGCAGCAUAGUGACCAUCACCACCACCAAUCCCAGCCAGACUUACGCAAUGGUUCAGGAUGCCGCGGCUUUGGGAGCAGCAUCCCAUUCGGAAGAAGAUUCGCCGGCGCCUCGGAAGAUCACCGCCUACUCCGAGAACCUGCAGAAGAUCCUGAACAAGAGCAAGUCCCAGGAUGCGAGCGUUGGCCCAGAGGAGUUCGCCAACAUCAACAGCGUUGUUAUCAAGCCGCUGGACAAGAACACGCUCAACUGCCCGCCCAGCUUUAACAUUUUCAAGCAGCAGCAGCCUGCCCAAAGUCAAACGAUAUCCGCUGUAGGCAGUGGACCAGGUACACCCGUGACGUUUACCAUGACGCCGGCUUCAGGGAGUGCCUCAGAUUUGGCCACCACCUCCACCGUCUCCGUGUCGGCGGGCACCAUCUGCAUUAACAGUCCGAUGAUGGGUUCGCGGCCCAUCAUCUCCAUUCAGAACAAGAACAUAUCCCUGGUGCUGUCCAAGACGACGAUGGCCCAGCAAAAACCGAAGAUGAUCACCACCACCACGUUGGCCAGCCAGUCGGCGCUGCAGAUGCACCAUGCCCUGGUUCAGGAUUCGAGUGCAGAUAAGACGGGAUCUUCUGCAGCCUCUGGAUCAGCCACCUCGGGUGCAGCCGCAGCCGUUGCAGCUUCAAUGCAGCUGAACACGCUUGCAAAACUCAGCGUAAGUCUGGCCCCUGAAGGGGUCAAGCUGGAGGAGAUUGCUGGCGAAACAAAAGCUAAGCUGCUGGUCAAACAGGAGGCCGCCGUGAAAGAUACGACAGUUACUCCGUCGAGCGAACAGGAGCGCAGCGAGGAGCUUAGCACGCCGGAGAAGCGUUUAAACGCCAACACGACAAUGACGCCUAUUAACCAGGUGCAGAAUCAGGUUGCAAAUCAAAUUCAGAUGGCCACUCCUACCUCAACCGCUUCGAAUCCCAGUACACCCAACCCUCCAGCAAAUGCGACAGCCACACCGAUCAACAAUCAACGUUCAGGAACUGAGGAUUCGAAUAACGCACUGCUAAAGCAACUGCUUCAAAACAGCAGCAGCAGUCACACCCUCAGUCUCCCCUCGACCCACGUUGGCUCCGCUUCCACGACGGCACCUCUCUCCGCCCGCAAGGUGAUCAAUGUGCGAGCGCCUAGCAUGGGGAAGGUCAGUAGCUUGGAGGCGCAACUGGCACGUCCGGUGAUUCCGCCGGUGCCAGCUGCUACGCAAGCGGCGGGUAGUAGUAGCGGCAAGUCGGUGGCCACUUCAACCACAACUACAACGGUAGCCAGUGGAGGCCAGCAGGUAGCCACCGCCUCAGUGACUGGAACACCAGUUACGGCUGUCGCCAUCACCACACCUGGAUUGGGAGGAGAACCAAAGCUAGAGCAGAAAGCGGAUCAGCCUGUUGUGGUUGCAACUAUCCAGAAUCAGAACCAAAACCAUCCGCCACCACCACCACCUCCUCCGCAACAGCAGCAGCAGCAACCUCAGCAAUCACAGCAGCAGCUGCAACAGAUGCCCCACCAAGUCAAGCAGACAGUGCAGAUUGUGUCCAAGGAAACAUCGUUUAUCUCUGGACCCGUUGCGUCCAAUAAACUCGUGACGGAGGCUACUUCAAAGCCGACGGAACUGUUGCCUCCUCCGCCUUACGAACUGGCCACGGCUCCCAUAUCGAAUGUGACCAUAUCCAUAUCAACAAAGCAAGCGGCGCCCAAGGAGUUGCAGAUGAAGCCAAAGGCAAUAGCCAUGUCGCUUCCCAUGGAGCAUGGCGAAGAAUCGCUGCCUGAGCAAGCCGAACCGCCACCUCAUUCAGAGCAGGGAGUCACUGUAGCAGGAGGAGUAUCUCACACCGGGGGAACAGUUGUGUCUGCGCAAUGGAGCAAUAGUAACCACAUAGAGGGAGGUGUGGGAGCCACAAAGAUACCUUUCAAGACUGGCGAGGCCCAGAAACGCAAGCUGCCCAUGCAUCCGCAGCUGGACGAAAAGCAGCUCCAGCAACAGGUGGAGAUUCCCAUGGGUGCCUCUCUGCCAGCCACACCGACUGGACAAACUGGACCGGAAAAAGUACAGCUCAUCUCGACGCUUGCCAGUUAUGUUAAGAAACCCGGCGGACCUGGCGAGGCGCAACCGAUUCAGAACCAGAGCCAGGGCCAGGUACAGAUGCAGGCGCAAAUGCAGGCGGCCAUGCAGGGUCAGCUGGCUGGACAGAUCCCCGGGCAGAUCUCUGGGCACGUCCCUGGCCAAAUACCCGCACAAAUGCACCUGCAAGUGCAGCAUCAGCUUCAUGUGGCGGUACAUCCCCAGCAGCAGCAGCAGCAACAGCACCACCAACAACAAGCUUCGACGAUACCAGUAUCAAUUCCUGGACAAGGUGCAGGGCCCGUCCCCGUGCCCACCAUUGAGCCCAAGACGGGGGACCAAAGAAAGCGCCGCAAACGGGAGGUUCAGAAGCCAAGGCGCACGAAUUUAAACGCCGGACAGGCGGCUGGAACUGUUAAGGAUAUGACAGGCACGCUGCCAGCAGGUGCAAUGGUCCAACUGGCAGGAAUGCCGCCGGGAACACAGUACAUCCAGGGGGCGACACCAGGCACUGGUCAUGUGAUCACCAGCAGCACCGGACAAGCAGGAGUUACUCUUGGAGGAUUUGGGGCCGUUCCCGGAGCCGGUUCCUCGCCGAUGCUCAAGAAGCGAGUGCGCAAAUUUUCCAAGGUGGAGGAGGAUCACGAUGCAUUUACCGAAAAGCUCCUCACCCACAUCCGACAAAUGCACCCGCUCCAAGUUCUGGAGCCGCACUUGAAUCGCAACUUCCACUUUCUUAUCGGAAGCAACGAGGCCUCUGCUGGUGGUUCACCCUCCUCCAACAGUUCCACGACAUCGGCCAGCGGAUCAUCUUCAGCUGGUGGAGGUAAAAUGAAGGGAGGAUCUCUAGGAAGUCGAGGCUGGCCGCUGAGCAGGCACUUGGAGGGUCUGGAGGACUGUGAUGGCGCUAUCCUAGGCCGUUUUGGACGAGUGAGUCUGCCGGGGAUUCCUUCGUUGUACGACAGCGAACGCUUCGGCGGAAGUGGAGGCCUGGUGGGAGGAUCGGCUGCUAACCGUUCGCCGUCGCCAUCCGCGUCUCCGGGAGCGGAUAAGAUGCUACCCAUGUCUAGCAUCCAGAACGAUUUUUACGACCAGGAGUUCUCCACGCAUAUGGAGCGCAAUCCUCGCGAGCGCCUGGUACGACACAUUGGUGCCGUUAAGGAUAGCAAUAUGGAGACCACAGACCUGGUGGAAAGCGAGGGUGUGGCUGCGUGGGCGGCUUUCCCGCGACUCACCCGUUAUCCAGGAUUAAUACUGCUUAAUGGGAAUAGCCGGUGUCACGGACGGAUGUCGCCGGUCGCGUUGCCGGAGGAUCCCGUGACCAUGCGGGUGCCCGUGUCGCCGCUACUUCGAUCCUGUGGCGAGGAACUGCGCAAGGCACAGCAACUGGAGCUGGGCAUGGGAUCCCUGGGCAAUAAUAACAACAAUAACUACCAGCAGAAGAACCAGAAUGUGAUACUCGCACUGCCCGCCUCGGCUUCUGAGAACAUUGCCGGCGUGCUACGGGAUCUGGCCAAUCUGCUGCACCUGGCGCCCGCCCUCACUUGCAAGAUCAUUGAGGACAAGACGGGCGACAAGUUGGAGGACCAAUUUAUGGAUCAAGACGAUGAGAAGCACCGGAACGACUUCAAGCGACCGCUGACCGUGAGUCAUGGACAUCUGCGGAAGAUCCUCAGUGGACGCCGAAAAUUGUGUCGCAGCUGUGGGAACGUUGUCCAUGCAACUGGGCUACGAGUUCCCCGGCACAGUGUUCCUGCGCUGGAGGAGCAGUUGCCCCGGCUGGCCCAACUAAUGGAUUUGCUGCCCAGGAAAUCUGCUCCACCACCGUUUGUUUACUUCUGCGAUCGCACCUGCUUUGCGAGAUUCAAGUGGACCGGAAAGGAGGGUCAGGCGGAGGCAGCUAGUCUGCUGCUUCAGCCAGCGGGUGGCUCCACCGCUACCUUCUCCACCGGCGAAUCGCCCAGCAGAUCCAACACCAGCUCCACGGCCCUGGCGGAAACAGUGGUCAAACAAGAACCAGAGGACGAGACAGCAGACCAACCGCAGGGUGUACCCACUGGUGGCACACCCACCAAUAUCCCCGUGCAGCGCAAGUGCAUCGUGAAGUGCUUCAGUGCCGAUUGCUUUGCAACGGACUCAAUGGCCGUCAAACUGGAGUUCGAUGGAUCGGCAGGAACGGGAACUGGUGGGACGGGACCGGCCAAUAAUACAGUUUGGGAAACCGAGGCUAGUGGACUGCAGCUGGAGGACACCCGGCAGUGCGUUUUCUGCAAUCAGCGGGGUGACGGCCAGGCGGAUGGACCCUCGCGACUGCUCAACUUCGAUGUCGAUAAAUGGGUUCACCUUAACUGUGCCCUCUGGUCCAACGGCGUCUAUGAGACGGUGUCCGGUGCGCUGAUGAACUUCCAGACGGCUCUGCAGGCGGGACUGAACCAGUCGUGCAGCGCCUGCCACCAACUGGGCGCCACCAUCAAGUGCUUCAAGUCGCGCUGCAACAGCCUGUACCACCUGCCGUGCGCGAUUCGCGAAGAAUGCGUUUUCUACAAGAACAAGUCCGUCCACUGCAGUGCCCAUGGUCAUGCCCAUGCCGGCAUCGCUAUGGGAGCCGGGGCAGGCGCCGCGGCUGGCGGAGGAGCGGCAGGAUCUGUGGCUGAAAAUGAACUGAGCUCGCUGGUCGUCCAUCGCAGGGUGUUCGUCGAUCGGGAUGAGAACCGCCAGGUGGCCACCGUAAUGCACUACUCGGAGCUGAGCAACCUGCUUCGCGUAGGCAACAUGACGUUUCUGAACGUGGGUCAGCUGCUUCCCCAUCAGCUGGAGGCCUUUCAUACGCCCCACUACAUAUAUCCCAUUGGCUAUAAGGUGAGUCGCUACUACUGGUGCGUGCUGCGACCAAAUCGUAGGUGCCGAUACAUUUGCAGCAUCGCGGAGGCCGGCUGCAAGCCCGAGUUCCGCAUCCUGGUGCAGGACGCCGGCGACAAGGAGCCGGAGCGCGAGUUCCGCGACAGUUCACCCUCAGCGGUGUGGCAGCAGAUCCUGCAGCCGAUCACGCGGCUGCGCAAGGUGCACAAGUGGCUGCAGCUCUUCCCGCAGCACAUCAGUGGCGAGGAUCUGUUUGGCCUAACGGAACCGGCCAUUGUGCGUAUCCUGGAAAGUCUGCCGGGCAUUGAGACCCUAACCGAUUACCGCUUCAAGUACGGCCGCAACCCGUUGCUGGAGUUCCCGCUGGCUAUUAAUCCGUCCGGAGCGGCACGCACAGAGCCCAAGCAACGACAGCUGCUCGUCUGGCGGAAGCCGCACACACAGCGAACGGCCGGCAGCUGCAGCACCCAGCGGAUGGCCAACUCGGCAGCGAUUGCCGGCGAGGUGGCCUGUCCCUACAGCAAGCAGUUCGUCCACUCGAAGAGCUCCCAGUACAAAAAGAUGAAGCAGGAGUGGCGCAACAACGUCUACUUGGCCAGGUCCAAGAUCCAGGGGUUGGGCUUGUAUGCCGCUCGGGACAUUGAGAAACACACCAUGAUCAUAGAGUACAUUGGCGAGGUCAUCCGCACCGAGGUCUCCGAGAUACGCGAGAAGCAGUACGAGUCCAAGAACCGCGGCAUCUACAUGUUCCGGCUGGAUGAGGAUCGUGUGGUGGACGCCACUCUGAGCGGUGGCUUGGCGCGCUACAUCAACCACUCGUGCAAUCCCAAUUGUGUGACGGAGAUCGUGGAGGUCGAUCGCGACGUGCGGAUCAUAAUAUUCGCCAAGCGAAAGAUCUAUCGCGGCGAGGAGCUAUCGUACGACUACAAGUUCGACAUCGAGGACGAGUCGCACAAGAUACCGUGUGCCUGCGGAGCGCCCAACUGUCGCAAGUGGAUGAACUAGAGUCGGGAGGAGCCUCUGCCGGAGGACCAAAGGAAGCGCAAGAAGCGGCGCCGUGCGCGUCGCUCCCAGUGAACAUGAACAGGAAUUGUUAUAUCUGAUCAACAAGAUAGAUUUGCUAAGCAGUAUAGACCGAUAGACCGUGUACAUAUAUACAAUUAUAUAUGCUAUGUGCAGAUAUGCAGAUAUGCUCGUGGAGAGCAUAGAACCUUGUAAGUUAUGUAUAUGUGCCCACUGUAGCUAAUUCGUAUCCUAUAUAUCGCUCGUAAGUGGAAAAGUGGAGAAGUGGAGAGUGUUUUCAUAGUUUAAAUUGAAUGAUUGCUAUCGUUUCUAUAUAGAGAGAAUAUAAAUAUUAAUAUAAAUGUUAAUGCUAGGACAUGACCACAGCCCCUGUAAUGUAUAUCUGACCUGACCCGACCCGACCUGACCUGACCUGACCUGACCCCCUUUCCUUACCUUACACAGCCACGGCCGCAGGAGCAUCUUAUUUUUUUUUGUUUUAGCACCAUUUCCACAUCCACAUCCACAUCCAUAUCCAUCACCAUUGCAAUAAUCGUGAGGAAACUGACCGCCCCCGACCCCCGAUUCCCGCCCCGAUGGCCGACCCAAAACUUGACUUUAUGCGUGUGUGCCUUUCCCCUCUGUUUACCAUUACUAUUAUCAUAAUUAUAGUGGUUAUCUUUCAAUAUUCGCAUACUUUACAUGGGGAGCUAUCCCUGCUCUCCCACAUGUAUCCGUGUGCAAAAUGUACAACCUUCUUUGAAUAUAUAUACCGAUAAGAAUAUAAAUAUCUAUUUUUAUUUUAUUUUAUUUAAAUAGUUUUGCAAUUACCUUUAAGUACAUUAACUAACUCCAAGCAACGUGUAUUUUUCAUCCCCUUUAAUAGUUAAGUAAAUUUUAUGCCACCAUUUUA